AUGGAAGAACAACAACGUCUAAUAGCAUCACGAAGAGCACACAGAGCACAUUUAACGAACGUUUUGAAGAAAAUUACGGAACUAAAAGAAGUAGAAGACGAUCAAAAUGAACAGCAUGCUAUUGUGACACUUGGCAGUUAUUUAGAGCAACUCCAACGGAAAGGACAGGUACUAUCAGAACUAGACAAUAAGAUAUUUGAACUAUUCACAAAACCUGAAGAUUUGGAAGCAGAUAUUAUCGAGGCAGAAGACACACAGAGUUUUAUCGCAGAGACAAUUUGUACAACUAAAAAUUUUAUUGAGAACAAAACCAAGUCCAUGAACAUAAGUCAGCACGACCAAGCAGCAGGAGCGAGUAACAAUAUUCAACAAACGCCAGAAAGCAACCAGGCAACAAGCAGUGAGAGUGAACCAGCAGGAAAUCAACCAGCAACACCAGAAGAGACACAACCACAAUCAAGCAAAGUAAGUGAAAAUUUACCUGUCAAUUUAAACCAGCCACCCACUACAA